AUGACAAAACUGAUACUGAGGAACACUGUUAUCCCGACCAAGAAAUCGCAGAUUUUCACGACUUACCAAGACCAGCAAACUGCUGUUUCAAUCAAGACCUAUGAAGGUGAAAGGAGCUUGACAAAGGAUUGUCGUGUACUUGGAAGGUUUGACUUAACUGGCAUUCCACCUGCUCCAAGGGGUGUGCCUCAAAUUGAGGUUAUCUUCACGAUUGAUGAAAAUAGUAUACUUCAUGUAACAGCGAAGGACAAGACUGCAGGGAAAUCACAAUCCAUCACGAUCACUACUGACAAGGGGCAUCUCAGCCAGGAGGAGAUUGAGAAGAUGGUUAAGGAGACGGAGGAGUUUGCAGAGGAGGACAGGAAGAUCAAAGAGAGGAUCGAUGCCAGAAAUAGGCUUGAAAGCUAUAUGUACAACAUGAAGAGCAGCAUCAACAACAACGACAAGCUCGCCGACAAAAUCGACUCUGAUGACAAGGAGAAUAUAGAUACCGCGUUGAAGGAGGCUCUUGAAUGGUUGGAUGAGAAUCAAGACAUAGAGAAAGAUGACUUUGAUGAGAAGAUAAAGGAGCUGGAAGCUGUCUGCAAUCCUGUCAUUAGAUGGGCUUACGAGAAGAGUGGUGGAAGUGCUGCUGAAUCCGAGGAUGAGGAGCCUAACGAUGAAUUGUGAACACCAGGCACGACUUUAGAUUCUUGACUUUCAUCCGAUGUAUGACACUAAAAUUUGUACAUCUGAACUCUAAAACAUGUUAGUUGAAUGUUGCUG